ACUUCAGCGUGCUCAAGUCUGGCUCCAGAACUUUGAGUUAGCCGACACCGGGUUCAUUCGAACAUCUCCUGCUGCGCAUGGACAUGUGACGAGAGGCCGGUUUCUGGCGGCGAUUAUCACCGGCGUUAAGGGACAGCCUCGGCCGAUUGGUGAGAUUGGAGAGACAACGCUCGAUGUCAGUUAGAUAUCCCUGAUCUCGAGGUAUGGGACGAGGGGGUCUGCCACGAGGCUGGCAGGAGAAUAUUAUAAAAGCAGGAUGCACAGGGGAUCCACGUGUGUCAAUUGGAAUGAGGGGUGUCAACCUUCGGGGUGCCGGUCCGAGACCGAACCGGGAUCUGAUGGAACAACGACGACAUAACAUACUCACAGGAGCCGCUGCUUUCCCCAAUCAUCAACUCAGGGCUCAGCUUCGGACUGCAGCUGCCCUGCCUCCCUUCGUCUCCCGCCGCCAUCUUCUCUACAUCGCCCCGUCUCUCUGCGCUCCAUGGGUCGGAGGAAAAUCGAGAUUCAGCCUAUCACCCACGAGCGGAACCGUUCGGUGACCUUUUUAAAGCGCAAAAACGGGCUCUUCAAGAAAGCGUACGAGCUCGGGGUGCUCUGUUCGGUGGACGUCGCUGUGAUCAUAUUCGAGGAUCGUCCUGGCAGUCAGAAGCUGUUCGAGUACUCGUCCAAGGAUAUCCGGGACAUCGUCGCCAGGCACGCUGAGUUUGACGGCGAACGAGAUUCCCGAGGGUCGGGCGAUUUCUCCGGUGCAGGUGGAAAGGCGGACGAUGCGAUCGGCGAGGAUGACGAGGACGGGGACGACGAACCGCUGCCGCCACCUCCACCACCCCCUGCGGCGAAGAGGAUAAAAGGGAAGACCCCCGCGAGGGGCGAUGUUGCGGACUCACGGACAGCACCACCGCCCCCGCCAGUCGCAGCACCGAAUGCCGCGCGUGCGAAACCGGCGCCAGAGAGGCAUCCCCCGCGAGGAGGAUCUCCGCCGCACAAGAAGCAGAAAGUGCCGCAGGGCAGCCGGAGCAUGAAGACGCUCUCAUCAGACGAAGAAGAAUACGAGGACAGCCCUACCAGCUUCCAUCCCCCACCGACAUCAGCCAUGUCGGCGGCAAUCCCCAAUCUCCCCUUCGACUUCCCCCCUCCGCCGCCCCCCCACUAUCGCGGUUCUUACGCGCCACCGCCAGCCCAAAGCGGCGGCUACUAUCCCCCGAUAUUCGAUGCGCCGCCGUAUCGCGCGCCGUACGAUAUGUACCAGCAGCCGCGGCUGGACAGCCAGCCGUUCGGGAUGGACUGGCCGGUGCAUGGGAACGGUCACAGCCACGGGCACGGGCACGGCCACAACACGAGCGCGAACAACAGUGGGCAGCACCACCAGCAGGGUGCGUCCUCCUGGCAUAUCGAUCGUUUCAUACAUUCAAUCAUGCACCCCGACCCCGCCACACCCCACUCCCCGAUCCCGCUUCCUGCGAAUCUGCACCCGCUGCUGCACUCUGCGGACACGCCCAUGCCCAUGCGCGGCCCCCCGACGCCCAAAUCGCCGGACGCAUCUGAUGCUCUGCUGCUGCCCCCGCUGUCGCUGUCCGACCCGCUGCCGACGGACGAACGGACGCGUGCCCGUGCGCUCAAACGGCAACUGCUCGAUGUGGAUGCCGAUCUGAAACGCGCGCUCAUCCGCGAACUCAUGGACUCUGACGACCCGCCGCCGCCCGCGAAUCCGAAUCUGAGCCUGAAUCUGAAUUUGAAUAUGAAUCCUAACCACAACAUGGAUACCGCUACUGCUGCUGCUGCUGCGCCAGGAAUUACAGGCGACAGCUGGAUCGACUAUAUCUCGCCGCUGCCGCCGCCCUCGAUGGGCAGCGGGCCAUACGGCAGAGAGUCCUCGACGUCCUGGGAGCGCAACGGGCCUGCUAUCUCGAAAGGACGGGGUGACGCGCACCGGGUGCCCAGCAGUGCCGGAAGCCGGUCGGACAGCGAUGCGCGAGAUUGAAUACUUGCUACCUACCUAGUGCCCACUGCUACUUACUAGCUCCGACUGACUGACCUGACAUGACGUUGCUUUUUGUUUUGUUUGUUUUGCAUGUAUACUGACUGGCUCGCGUGAACGAAUGACAUACAUAUGCUGAGUGGAGAGCGCGUGCUGAAUUUGGGUUGCUGGUAGAGAUACCAAGUCGGAUCCGGAAUCCCACUUUGACCUUCUGGGAAGGUAAGUGACAAAACACGGAGCAAGGUCUCAGAGGCGGUCUGAUUGACGAGAAACACUCCAGACUAUUGAACAGAAACUCCCAACCUCGUCUUCGAGCGAAAUAGGACCAGG